AUGGAGAACGAGUUACAGCAUACAAGUGCAAUGCCAAGGGAUUUUACAUUCCAGUUGUUACAACACAUUACAAAUAACUUCUCCAAGGAUCGCAUAAUUGGUUAUGGCGGGUAUGGAGUAGUUUACAAGGGAGUACUCGACAAUGGAGAAGAGAUUGCCGUGAAGAAGCUUUCUUUUAAGCAUCCAGAACUUGACGACGACAAGCAAUUUGCAAAUGAGUGUACUAACCUUAUGAUGGUCCAACAUCAAAAUAUUGUGCGCUUAGUUGGCUACUGCUAUGAAAUAGCACAUAAAGCUCUGGAGCACAAUGGGAGAUAUGUUUUAGCUAGCGUGGAAGAUAGAGCACUUUGCUUUGAAUACUUGCAUGGAGGAAGCCUUGACAAGCAUCUUUCGGAUGAAUCAUGCGGGCUUGGUUGGCGCACUCGUUACAAAAUAAUUAGGGGAAUAUGCGAGGGAUUACAUUACCUUCAUAAUGGUUCCAAAGAUCCUAUAUACCAUCUGGACUUGAAAUCUGCAAACAUAUUGUUGGAUAAGAACAUGACACCAAAAAUAGGAGAUUUUGGGCUGUCGAGACUCUUCGAUUCAACACAAACCUGUACCACAAAAGCAAUUAGAGGAACACCUGGAUACAUGCCGCCAGAAUACAUCGACAGAUUCAAAAUCACACCAAAGUUUGACGUAUUCAGUUUGGGCGUUAUCAUUAUACAAAUAAUGGCAGGACGUGAGGGCUACUCCCAAUGUGGAGACAUGUCUUCCCAAGAGUUUAUUGAUCUUGUACAUGGCAACUGGUUGAAAACGCUGCAGGCAACAAUGGCAUUGCAUACAGCAAGUGAAGUUAAGACUUGCAUUGAAAUAGCAUUAAGAUGUGUGGAGACGGACAGAGUAAAAAGGCCUUCUAUAGCCGAGAUUGUCGAUGAACUUAAUAAGAUUGAUAUUGCGAAAAGGUCACUUAUUGACCAGGUCACCAACUCAGAAAGCAAGAAGACGUCCAACCAAUACGCGCCCAUCUAUCACCCCACGCAGUCUUCAGCCAAGUGA